UAAUUUGUUACUUUUCAACACGGAGAGACAGGAAAGGAAAGGACAUUAGUAAGAAGUCUUUCUACAAUUAGUUGAUUUGGCUGUGACCACUAAAAGAUGCCCCUGGAACCACACAUGUGGCAGUUCCCUCAGAGGCUGAACACUGUCUGGAAAAUCAAGAGCAGGGUGGCAACCUCGUCUGUUGGAUUUAUCAGUAAAAUUUUUGUCGCAUUGAAUAAUUUUAAGGUUGUGAACAAGCAGAAUUUGACAAAGAACAUAAGAGAAACGGGAAAUGGCCGUGGACUAAUAACAGUAACUAACCAUCAUAGUUGUCUUGAUGACCCAACAUUGUGGGGAAUCCUUGGCUGGAACUUUGUGUUCGGGAAACUGGGCGAGAAGAUAAGAUGGACAUUGACUGCUGACAAUGUGUGCUAUACAAACACAUUCAAUGCCAAAUUUUUCUGCUUGGUCAAAAGUAUCCCAGUUGUCAGGGGAGACGGCGUGUACCAACGAGGUGUAGACUAUGCCAUUGAAAAGUUAAACAAUGGCGAAUGGGUUAAUAUUUUUCCAGAAGCCAAAGUCAAUCAAGAUAAAGAGUUCCUUCGAUAUAAAUGGGGUGUUGGGAGGAUGAUUGCUGAAGCUGAAGUAUUACCCGUUGUCAUACCAUUUUUCCAUGUUGGUAUGGACAGUGUAUCACCCAACGAAGGCAAGUUCAAAUAUUACCCAAGAAUAUUCAAGAGAGUCACCAUGGUCAUCGGUGAAGCAAUAAACUUUUCUGAUAUUAUUAAUCAGAAGGAUAAACUUUCACCAGUUGAAUUUAGAAAGCAGUUAACUGAUUUGAUUCAAGAAAAGAUGGCAGAACUGCAGAUGCAGGCAGAGAGUCUACACAAUCAGACAGCUUCCUAACACAGACUUAUAUCCUCCACCAAGUGACCUUGUAUCUCAGGAUUCAUCAUCAUAUAGGACUGGCUGGGGGGAGGAUAGGAAUACCCUCUUACAUGUACAUCAUCAUACAGGACUAGCCAGGCUGAGAAUAGGAGUAUUUGUCCUAAAUCAUAAUAUAGGACUGAUCUGACAGAGACAGGAAAUAUUCUCUUACAGCUUUCUAUAGGACUGCCCAAGUGGAGGAUAGAAAUAUUCUUUUAUAUCUGUGUGUCUAGAAGAUUGUGUUUCUUCAUAUUUGAGUGGAUAGUGUCCUUUCCUUUUGAAGAAACAGCGCAUAUCAUCACCAAAAAGGACCUCGUCCAACGUGUAGAUACAGAAAAGUACAAACAGAACUUUCAUGCUCAAGCUAAGAAGCUUGAAGGAUGAUUAUUCAAACAGAAUUCUGUAAACAUACUUAUCUUAGCAGUGGUCAUAUUUGAGGACUAAAAUUGUUAAAUACAAUUGUCCUGAUUGGAGUUUCUGUAUUUUGUUUCUAUAAUUUUGCACGCAUUCAUUCAUCAUUGCAUUGAUCUAUCCCACCCCAGGACUCCAGGUCUUCUUUAGGGAUACCAGUUGAAGAAUUUUAUGUUAUUUUCUUAGAAGUAGUAAACAGGAAGAUAUGGAUAGAAGUAAUUCAGGCUCUAGUAGAUAUUUUAUUGAAAUAAUCCACAAGAUUUUUGAUGUUAUUCUACAGCAACAGAAAUACACGAGUUAAUAUUUGUUUCAGAACCACAACUUUUCAAGACAUUUUAAGGCAGGUUGAAGUGACAAAAGCAUUAAAACAGAUAUAUCAAUUAGAAGAAUGACAGCUAUUGCGUGGAAGUGAAAUUUUAAACUUUUCAAUUUUUCUAAACAUGUAUGAAGGAAUUAUUUACCUUUGUAAGUAAAUUUAUGAGGAUGGGUGUUUUUAUUUAGCUAGUCAUUGAAUAUAUUAGAUAUAUCCUAGUGAUAUUGAUAUGAUACCUAUGUGUGUUUUGAUAAAUUUUGAAUGAUGUUUAUAUAUCAAUUGGGGCCGAGUAUUAAAGGGAGGUAAUUUUUAUUCCUAAUUUUUAAUGCACUAUUGUUCAACACUAUCAUGUCUACACAUUUGAUGGUAAGGCGGACAUUUUCCCAGAUUACAGUGAGCAAUGUCACAAGACACUAUCACAUUCCAAACUAUACCUUUGAGCUAAUUAUUGUUUGUAAAAUAGUACAGGCUCUAUGUGUAUGGAGGAAAACAUACAGAAUUACACACAUGAACCCAGUUUACAGAAACGUAGAGCAUAUGUUUUACAUAUGUGCAUACUGUUGCUUUUUUAUUCCAGUAUUGAAUGUAUUUUGAAUUUUUGGGUGCAUAUUACUUUUUUU